ACGCGGCUUAAUGCAAUUUUUUGCUGGUUCGGCUGCAAAACAUGCAUUUUUGAUGAGAAAACAGAAGGAGAGACAAGUGCAGUCAGACACACAUACAGUGACAGUCCGACCAUAAGUGCAGUGCCGUGCGGGGUACGAAGAAAGUGCGCAUUUCACACAAAUUAGCAGUUCGUUUAACCGACCUUAUUGAUAGUUAUGUGCAUACAUACACGCGUGCACACAUACACGGGCUAGAAAAACCAACCACCAUCGCACCGCAGCAGCCCCACCAGCAAAACAGCAUCGAUCAACCACAGGAGAGGAGAGGAGGCAAAUCGCUAAGGUCACCACAGAAUGGAGUCCCAACCGAAGCGACCCUCAUUGCAUUUAGUGGCAGAAGCUGGAACAGGAUCUGGAUUGGGUGCUGGUGCUGCAGCCACAGCUGAGAUGUCGGGCGCAUAUUCCCCCACCUCGGGCUUCCUGCCGGACAUGCCGCAGUGGAAGAAGGACCUCAUACAGCGCCGCAAGACGAACGUGGCCCGCACACAAGCGGCAGCCUCGCCAACAGCUACCUCCGAUGUGGAUGUGGAUGUGGCCUUGGGGGAAUCAACUGCAUCGGGGGGAACCGCAGCAGGCGCCAGUGCAGAACCGACUGCGACUGAGGCGGCGAUCUCUAGUCAACCACAACAGAAGCCGCCGGCAAAGAGAAAUGUAAGCCAGACAGCGACACCAACAGCAGCACACAUACAAAUGCAAACAGCGCUUAAGACUACACCAACAGAGGAAAAGUCUGAGAAAUCUUUCAUUGGAGGUCAUCAUACCCAACAGCAACAACAGCAGCAGCAGCAGCAGCUCCACCAAGGCAAAGACUCGUCAGCCAGCAGCAGCUCCAGCGGCACGAAGGAGCCAGAGAUUCUAAAUUUGGAUCUCAGAGAGCGUGAGAGCGAGCGUGAGCGAGAGCGAGAGAGUGAACGCGAGCCGGGAGAGCAAAUUGACUCCAUGGUGAGUUGCCGCUCUCGCGGCGGUGGUGAAGUUGAAACUGGCACAGCGGCGGCGGCAGCGACAACUGGAGCAUUAACAGCUAGCGACGCCAGCGGCGGCAGCGGCAUCGGCGCACUGGCAGCAGCGCCAACAUCGUCGUCGUCAGCAAAUCACUUGCAAACGAAACUUGGACAGACCGUUUCAGAAGGGGCUCCCAGUCAGACGAGCUCCACCGCGAAAGAGAAAGAACUGCAGGUAGCCGCAGUAGCAGCAGCACCAGCAACAGCAACAGCACCAGCCACACAGUUGGUUCUUGUUGAUAAUAAAAACGGUUCGAAAACAAAGCUCAUUUCCGAUAAAUUGCAGAGCAAUAAGUUUAUAAAACAACAGCAGCAGCAGCAACAACAGCACCAACAUCAACAACAGCAACAACAGCAACAGCACCAGCAACAAUUGUCGCCCACCAAAUUAACGGUAAAAACGACAAUGGUCGCCAUGCAAGAAAUGAAAAAGACAACAAAACAAAAUGGCCAACAUCGUCACAUCGCGAAGAGCAGCAGCAACAGCAGCCACAGCGGCGACCCAGAGGCUGCCUCCGGAGUGGCCCUGCCAGAGCUGGUGGACACCGGCGAAGAUCUGAGCUAUGGGCCCGGUAUCGUGUCGAAGCUGCGUUGCCGCUACCUAAGCCUAGCGCUGCGCGAGUCCCACCAGCAGAGCCAGAAGCAGCGCCUGCAGCGCUCCACCAGCCUCAACACGCUGCUCGAUCGCGACGACGAUGAGGAGGAGAUGAAUGCCAAUGCCGGUCUCGAGGUGGUCUCGACCCGUGCCAAAUCCACACCGCCGCCGAUACUGGGUGCCAAGCCGACGAUGCUUGGCGGUGGCUACAUCAAGGGCGCCCAGGCGCCGGUCCAGCGUCCCGUUAGUCUGGGCACCAAUGGAACAACCCCCACCCUGUCUGCACUAAGCACCGAAGAUCCAACAAAGCCCACCAAUGGAGGAGGAGGAGGAGGCGGAGGAGUGACCCGUUCACGUCACUUUAAACGCGGCAACGAGGUAAUGAAACGGGCCCGCUCCGUGGAGGCGCUGCUCUGCGAGAAGUCGCCAUGGAAUACGCAAAGGGCCAGCUACCAGACGACGAGCAUGGCCAUGCCCACUGCACCACAGGCUGUCUCCCCGGGCGCUGCAUCGCCCACCUGCGUCACCAUCGAGGACAAGAUCCACAAUGCCCGCGAGCGACUGCACAGUGGGACGGAUACGGCGCCGCCCAAGCGUCUGACCUCCAUCAUCGACGACACGGAGCGCCCGCCACCGGAUCUGGUCAAGCAGACGCUGAAGAUGUUCGAGGCGAGUGCCAAUCGUCGGCCACGCGCCACCCACCGCUCCAACGGAGUGGGCGGUGUGGCCAGCAAGGUGGCCAGCUACAAGUCGAUCCUCAAGGAGCAGCGAUCGCCGGCACCCAGCGUGGCCAGCACACCGCCAUCCCUGUCCCGGCGUGAGCCCGGCCAGAGUGUGGGCUUUGCUGCCUCCACCCCCAAGCAGGUGACACGCUCAGCAUUGAUCUCCGACAGCAGCAGCAGCAGCACACCCCAUCCCCAUCCCGAUAUCAUUCCUCGGCAGCUGGCCAGCGCUGUGGACUCGCCCGUAACCGCGCUGAGCCUCAUGAUGGGACGCAUCAAUCUGCAGGAUGCGGAUGACGAGGCGGCAACGGCGGCAGCGUCGGCUGUGAAUGAGAGCUUAGUCAGCGAGGCCAGAGCGGCGACGGCAUCGGGAACGGGAACGGUAGCAGCAGCAGCAGUAGCAGCGUCGUCGUCGUCGUCGACGACAAACAACGAAGCGAACAGCGAAUACGAGAAUGAGAAUAAUGCCAGGCACGAUGUUGGCAACGAUGGGGAUGACGACAACACCACCAACGACAACAACCGCAACGACAGCGACAACAAUGGGCACGAUGGCGAUAAUAUGGGCGCGGCAGGCGAUAAGCCUAAGCCCCCCACAAGCACAGCAACGACGACGACGACGACGACGGCGGCGGCGGCGGUGGCGACAGCGGCAGGAGGCGCCCAGCGAUCAUUCGUUGCCACGAUCGAGAGCGCGCACGUUCCCAGUGGAAGUAAUAUCGCAAGAAAACAACUGAACAACAGCGAGACGGGAUCGGGACUGGGAUUGGGAUCGGGAUCUGGAUCCGGGAUAGCCGGCACUACAACAACAACCAAACAGAUUGGUGUGAUACGGCCGCUCUUCAAUAGCAGCGGUUCGACACAGCAGCUGACCAGUCGCGAGAUCGAAAAGAAUCGCAUUAAUGAGAUGAAAAAGUCCUCGGCACUGGCCAACGAUGGCAGCUCCGGUGCGGGUUCGCCCAUAACUAGUCUGGAUACGGUGAUAAAUACGAUACGGGAUGGUAGCGAAACGGACGCGGCCACAGCCUCGCCCUUGUGGACACUACGCAAGCUGCGUCAUGGCCAUGCAGCCGGUAGCAAUUCUGGUCAUCAUGCGGCAGGAACGGCGGCCACUUCCAGCCAUUCCACGGAGAACACCUCGAUGGUGUUCAACUUCUCCAAGAGCAGCAAGGAAGUGCCCGACUACAUUGAAAGCGAUGUUGUGAUCUACAGGCGUAAACGGGAAUUGCCAAAGCCAAAUGAACCCGGCUUCGUGCUGCUGGGCGAUCUAUCGGUGGAGACCUCCACGGAUACGGACUACGACGAUUACUCCCUGUGCCCGCCCUCGCCGUGCGACGUAGAGUUCGAGAAUGCCAACAUUGUGAUCGAUGGCAAGUCCAGCAUACGCCAGAAACCCAAAGAGUCAACGUUUCGCGUGCAGUUUAACGACACGUUGACGUCCACCUUCGAGUACCCCUCAGAGGCAUCGAUGAUCAUCGAUGAUCCGCCCUAUGCCGAUCCCUUUUCCCAUGUCAGCAAGCAUCACCAGCUGCUGCUGGCCGAACAGAUGCAGCUGCUGCAGCAUCAGCAACAGGUGCAAAAGCAGCACCAGCAGCAUCAUCAUGUUACUGUGGACGAGAUCAUUGAGCUUCCCACAUCGACGGUGGGGAACAAUAAAUCUGGCAGCGAUGGAGGCGGCGGCGGCGGGGGCAAUAUGCUGGGGAAUUUACCGUUGGAUUACCCAAGUUUAGGGAGGGGUAUUAUCUUGCAACAGUCGCCACAACAGCAGCAGCAGCCGGAGAAGGAGGAACAGCAGCCGGAGGAGAAGGAGGAGCAUCAACUGGAGCUGGAGGAGCAUCAGGAACACGAGCAGCAGCAGCAGGAACAGCAGGAACCAAAAACAACAGCAGAACUGCAGCGACCAACAAAUGUCGAAAUCAAGCUCCCGCAGCUCCACGGCCAACAAGAGUUGCAGGUGCAGGUGCACUUGCAACCACAGCGUAGAGCUCGGCCAUCGGUUCUACUGAAGCCGCAGUAUGCCUGCUUCCUGCAGAAUGAGACAAGGCCGGCACAGCCACCGCCAGCGCCAGCGCCAACGCCACCGCCUCCCGUUUCAGUUAAGCCCCGGAAGGCGGCAUCCUUCUCAAUAGGCAACCAUCAGCAUCAGCAUCAGCAUCAUCAACAGCAGAGUAAAUAUGAAAUACCCGCUAGCAGAAACCGAACCACAACCACCACAGCCAAAACCAUGAUCAGGAGCAGUAGCAGGAGUGGAAGCCAGUGCAGCAGCGAUGCCAGCCAGCAACAGCAGCAGCAGUCGCGUCGUCGGCCGAGUCUGCCGUCAUCGCUAGCUUUACCCAAUGCCAGUACAGCCCUGCUCCAGGCACGCAUACCGGGCACCACGCUCUACUAUGUCUAAGCCAAAUGCGAAUCAACAGAAAUCAGAACCGAACCAAAAAAUAUAAUUAAAUGCGCUCCACACCAUACCGCCUCUUCAAGCCUGCAAGCC